UUCUGCUUUACUGAUUGACAAUUCCAUCUCAACAUUAGGAUGUUUAAGAGCCUGCUUGGUGAUAAUACCCACUUCCUCAUCCCCCUCUACUCCCACAUGAGCUGCUACCCAGAGGAGCAUAACAAAUACCCCCAUCGAUUUAGACCUCCACUGUCUCUGAUCCACACUCCAGUCUCGUUGGUGGCGGUAAUGCGCCUUAAAGUUGUUUGCCAACCGCCAUAUAAAUCCACAGAAGAAGAAGACGACGAAUCCACAACAACAAAGAUGUCGGAUCAAUACGCCACCGUUCAGAAAGGCUCCCUGAAAUUGAAAGGGAUUGGAGUUGUUUCCGCUGGUAAAAAAAAGAAGAAGAAGGACAAAGAGACGAAGCGUUUGGAGCAGCAAAUUAAUACAAAUCGAAACGAAGAGGAGGAGACCAAGAGUGGAUACAUUGACAAAAGAACACCAGCUCAAAUUGCAUUUGACAAGAUGCAAGAGAAGAGGCAAAUGGAGAGGAUUUUGAACAAAGCAGAAAAAACUCACAAGAGGAGAGUUGAGGAUUUCAACCGUCACCUGGACAGCCUGACAGAACAUUACGAUAUUCCUAAAGUCAGCUGGACCAAAUAAAGAGGACUACUGGAUCACUUUUAUUUUAGAAUAUGCUUUAGAAAUUGACACAUGCUGUCAUUUGUUCAUUAAUAUGUCAUUUGGGUCAGUUGUUAAAUUCACUCUGGCUAUCUCUUCAGAUUUAAGAGCACUCUCGUCUGUGUGCCAGAGCGCAGAAUAACUGAUGAAUUUGAUAAUGCUCAGCACCUGUUGAAUAUGGUAGUUUGUUGCCAGCAGCACAGUUACUCACUAACGCUCUGGAUAACAUAAAAACAGCCUAACCAGCUCUGCUAGGGAGGGUAAAAUGAUCAGUGAGGUGUUCUCAUUUGUCUGGAAGUAGCUAGCCAAAGUUAGCCAGUUAGCUUGGGUGCUUGACUGCUGUGUGAGGUCAGAACACUCAAAUCAAUCCUACUCCUCAGCCAGAGCUUCCAGUGUAUGCUCUGAAUUCAUGAACAGACAAUCAAAGUUCUGAAUUUACAAAUGCACAGAGUGCACUCCAGAGUGACUUUACGAACACACCCUUUGUGAAUACAUUUGUUCCAUAUGCUGAAUUAUACUAGAUUACACAGGAAUGCUGUUGUAAUCAUGUGUAUUUGAUUAAAGUGAGUUACCUUUCA